CGAUAUUUCACCUCUUUUGGUUUGACUUUUUUCAAUCAGGCAGGCAACAAACACCAGGCAAGUGCAAAACGUCGUCGUUAACAACACUUGAUUAUCUGAUAGCUCCGUUGCCUGCAUUUUCUCUGACCAAAACGGCGUGGAUAAGGACCCGAACGGAGGAUGAGUAGUAAGGAUCCAUUACCGUCAGCUCAUGGAAAUCUUGACCAGCAGAUUGGUCAGCUCAUGCACUGCACGCCCUUAUCCGAGCAAGAGGUCUUAAUGCCGAUCUGCCACUGGAUUUAAGUAUGCAUUUGGUGGAGCUGUGGAGGUUUUGUUGAGGUUGUCAGGUGCGAGCACUAUGUGAAAAAGCAAAAGAAAUUCUGAUGGAUGAAAGCAAUGUACAGCCGGUGAAAAGCCCUGUGACCAUAUGUGGUGAUAUUCAUGGGCAGUUCCAUGAUCUUGCUGAGCUUUUCCGAAUUGGUGGGAAGUGUCCAGAUACCAAUUAUUUAUUCAUGGGAGAUUAUGUGGACCGUGGAUACUAUUCUGUUGAAACUGUAACACUUUUGGUGGCCCUCAAAGUGCGCUAUCCUGAAAGGAUUACAAUCUUGAGGGGAAAUCAUGAAAGCCGUCAGAUUACUCAAGUCUAUGGAUUUUAUGAUGAGUGCUUAAGGAAAUAUGGUAACGCGAAUGUGUGGAAGACUUUCACAGAUUUGUUCGACUAUUUCCCACUCACAGCUUUGGUUGAGUCAGAAAUAUUUUGUCUCCAUGGUGGCUUGUCUCCUUCUAUUGAAACCCUUGAUAGCAUCCGUAAUUUUGACCGUGUUCAAGAAGUUCCACAUGAAGGGGCAAUGUGCGAUCUUUUAUGGUCUGAUCCCGAUGAUCGAUGUGGUUGGGGAAUUUCUCCAAGGGGGGCUGGAUAUACAUUUGGCCAAGAUAUAUCAGGGCAAUUUAACCAUACUAACAACUUGAAGCUUAUUGCACGAGCACACCAGCUGGUUAUGGAGGGAUUCAAUUGGGCUCAUGACCAAAAGGUUGUAACCAUAUUCAGUGCACCUAAUUAUUGUUACCGGUGUGGUAAUAUGGCAUCCAUUCUUGAAGUUGAUGAUUGCAAAGGGCAUACAUUCAUUCAGUUUGAACCAGCUCCAAGGAGAGGGGAACCAGAUGUAACACGAAGAACGCCAGAUUAUUUCCUGUAAAACUUUGUUACCUCCCAAAGAGUGGAGUUUUGCUCUGAAACUUUCUCUUCUGUAGAGUAGUGGUAGUUUUAUGUAUUGGCUCUAUUUAGUAAAUAUUGAUGUGGUUGUAUUGAAAAGCACCCAUAUGGCUACAGAACACUUUUUGAUUCAUUUUCAUGACACUCAAAGAGUUGAUGAAGGUGACCGAUAGGCGAUAGCUGCUGCUUGCAAUCUACUCGCAUAGAAGAUCUUUUAACUUAUUUUUCAACCGCCCAGUUUUUCAUUUUCAAUGUCAAGUUGACACAUUUUGCUCCAUUUUGUAGAGAGAAGAUGUGCUAUUAUUCAUGUUCAACAGUAAAAUAUGAACCAAUUAAUUAAAAUAUAAAGAUA